AUGGCUACUUUCCAGGAUGUCCCGAUGCGCAAUGGCAAGCCACACCUUAUCGACGACGAAGUCCUCGCAUUGGAGUUCGACCAUCUUAAACAUGAUUUCCAGCCAACCGCCCACGAUGUCCGAGAAAUGGGUCUUUUUGGCAUCGAGCCAACAUUCAAACGACGAUUCAAGUUCGUCGCUAUGGUGGGCUUUGCAAGUACCGUUGUGAUGUGCUGGCAGAACACACUCGCAACGUUCAGCUUCGCCUUACAGAAUGGUGGCACCGGAGGCUACUUCUUCACCUACAUCUAUGGCAUGAUUGCCUUUGGCUUCACCUAUCUUUCAUUAGCGGAGCUGAGCUCCUCGUGCGCUCCUCACAAGUUCCGGAUACCUAUCAGCUACUGUGUUGGCUGGCUCUGUAGUCUCGCUUGGCUCGGAUAUCUCGCUGGCUGCGGUGUCAUCAUUGGUAACCUAAUUCACGAUGCUGUUCUGAUCUACCAUCCGGAAUCAUCGGCCGCGAACAGCCAGUGGUUUCCGACCAUAUUUGCUCUGGUCGCUUUGAUUAUCGGUGGUCUAUUCAAUGGCCAGCUGUCUCGACAGUUUCCCGCGCUAGAAGGUAUCAUGGUAGUCAUCCACGUAGUGAGCUGGGUGGCCUUCAUCGUUGUUCUGUGGACGACUUCUCCGAUUGGCGAUGCCGAAGAUGUUCUGCUGACCUUCAACAAUGGCGGAGGCUGGGUGAACGACGGAGGAGCUACACUAAUCGGCGUCUUGACAGCCUGCACUGAGAACGCCAAAGACGCUUCAUUCACGAUCCCAUGGUCGCUCAUGAUCUCAUACGCUGUCAACGCAGCUAUGGGCUUUAUAGCAGGAGUGACAGUAAUCUUCUGUGCAGGCGAUCUGGACGAGGUGCUCAGCAAUGGCACACAAGCACCGUUCGUCACGAUAUUCUACAACUCCACCCAAAGCAAAGUCGGUACAGUCCUUAUGCUGCUGCCGUUCAUAUUGUGCUUCCUCUCCUCGCAGAUUUCAGAGACUGCCACGGCCUGCCGCCAGAUCUGGGCUUUCGCACGAGACGACGGGCUGCCCUGGUCACACAAGCUCAAGGAUGUACCGGAUGCCGAGACGCCCCAGACUGCUCUCUGGACUGUCAUUGCUGCGACGUUCGUCAUUACUUGCGUCAACUUUGGCUCUGCAGUCGGUUUCAAUGCUAUCAUCUCUUUGGUGUCUCUGUCGCUCACGUGCUCAUAUGUGAUCACAAUAUCCUGCGUGAUAUGGCAUAGAGUGAGAGGGUCUGGUCUACCUAAGGAGCGCUUCUCGCUUGGUCGUGCUGGACUGAUCAUCAACAUCCUGGCUUUGUGCACCAUGGCUCCAAUUAUGGUGUUAGCACCCUUUCCUCCGAGUGCACAAGUCACUCCAGCGACAAUGAACUGGGCGAUAUUGAUCUUCGGCGUGGUCAUUAUCUUCUCAAUACUCUACUACAUCCUGGUAGGCAGGAAGCGUUUCCGUCCUACCUUGAGAAAAGGCGAAUAA